AUGGAAUAAUUUAAUGGAAAACCUUAGGUAUAUUAUAUAUCAAAAUAAAGGAUAAUAUUUUAAUCACAUAACCAUUAACUAAACAAAAGUAUCCAGCACUAUUUCAUGAUGAGAGAUUUGGAAAAGAUUUUGAAUCAAAUUACUCAAAGCUAUAAGAAAUUAUGGAUGUAAAAAUUAACUUUUAAGACUUUAGAAUUUAUAAGGGAAGGUUGAAUAAAUAGUAAAGAGUUAAGAAGAUGACUUUAUGAAAGCAUAUAAAGAUUAAAUGAAUGAAUUGCAAGUUGAUUUAAAAGCAAUGAAAAGAAAAAUUGAUGAAGAGUCAUUAAAAUAAAAAGCUGAUGAGAAAAAAAGAAUUUUAGAAGAAGAAAGAGAUUACUUUAGAUAAGAAGCACUUAGAUUAGAUAAUUUAAAUAAAGAAUAAUUAAGAACAAUAGAAGAAUUAAAGUUCAAGUUAAAAAUUACAAUUGAAGAAAAAAAUUAUUAUGAAGGUUUUGUUAUAGGUAUUAGUUUAAUUUAUUAUAUUAAAGAUUCUAAAAAAGAAAAUAAAGCAUUAAAAUUUGAACUCUUAUAAUUAUAUAAAUAGAAAAUGGAAGAUUAAAAAGCAAUAAAUAGAAUACAAUAACAAUAAUAAACAUAAUAAAUUACUAAAUUAAAUUCAAAAAAACAAUCUGAUAAUAGACCAUAAACUUAAGAAGGAAUAAGAUCAGAAGCCAAUUUAUUAAUUAAAGAUGAUUUUAAUUCUGAAUUUCUUAGAAGAGAAUAAUCUUCUAAAGGAGGAUUUAGAUCAUAAUUAUCUACUAAAAACAAUGAUUAAGCAUCAACAUAAUAUGAUUUCUUUAGAAGAGAAAUUUCUACUUAAUAAUAAAGUAGAUUUCAUCCAGAAAAUUAAAUGGUAUUCUUACUAAAAUUACUUUUAGAUAGAAGAAAGAAAUAAUUAAAUUGCAGAACUUAAAUAAUUAUUAUAGAAAGAAAAGUUCUUAUGUUAGCAAUUAAAAUGUGAAUUAUAAAGACAGAAUUCUUAAAGAGGAGAACUUGAAGUUGUAUUAUUAGAUUGUGUGAAUUAACUUAAAAAAGAUAUUGCAUCUAGAUAAACAGUUUAAAAAUAACCAUUUUUGGGUAAUACUAAUAAAACUCCUAAAGUUGCUGAGUAGAUUGCCUUUGAAGAUAUUGAUUAUCGAUAAUUUACUCAUUAAGAUAAAAAGUAAUAAUUUUUAUUUAAUUAUAGAUCACUUCUCAAAAAAUUUUUAAGCUCUGAAUAAUUUUUAGAUCAAAUAUAUUAACUUACUUUCAAUAGUCAAAUGGCUAGUACAUCUUAAUUAAAACUUAAUGAGAAAUGGAAGUAAGAUGCAAAUGAUGCUACUAAGAAAUUCAAUAAUUUUAAAAUAUAUAAAUUUAGAAACAUUACAAGUUAACGUAUUUUAUAUUAUUAUAAUCAAGCCAUUGUAAAAUAAGUGAUAUCAAAAUAAGAGUAGAAUAUAUUAUCAGAUUUAUAGGAAAAAGUCGAUUAAGGAUAAGAACUAGUUGAUCAAAUUGUACAAAAUUGA